GUCUCUCACUCCCGACGCCGCUGAACGACGACAAACUCGAGCAAGCGACGACACUCGAUCUCGACUUUGGCACAUAGAAGCUCUCAUCCGCCCCCAGCUCGGAGCUCUCCACCGAUCUACGCUCGUUAUCGUUCCCGUCUCCCCCUGAGCUACCUGCUUAGGCCCCGCCACAUACCACUUCGUCCUAUCUUCCACAACCCCUCCCCGCCCGUCCCAAGCUUUAUCGCGACUACCCACAAUGCCUACCUACCUAUGCCACGGUUUUCGUUGGGACCGUCGAAGCAUCCGCGUCUUUGUCGUCGUCCAGAACAUCGACGAUGCUGCCCCCGAAUGGAUCAUUGCGCCAAACUCGUCUCCUGCCAUCCUCGAGUCCUUCUACUCUCUCUUCGAUUUCCUUCCCGAGCCCAUACCCGACGAAACCGAGGCCCAACGUGACAAGAAGAAGCGCAACAAGUCCAAGGCAUCCAAAGCCGCCGCACUGCGCAACGAAUACGAUGUCCCAGCCUCGACCGUGCCGCCAGAGGAGGAUGACGUCCUGCAGAACGAUUGGAGUGCUGUCAAGCUGCUCGAGGAAUAUGACCCGACUGACCUGAGCUAUGUCAGCCGUCCCUACGCAUAUGUUGCCGACCACGUAGUACGCAUUGAUCUCAGCAACUCAAUAACGGAGGAGAUCAUGCGGUACGAAGAACGAUUGAGCGAGACCAAGGCGAUGGCUAGCGCCCCUAGCGAUGAAUUCUACAAGGCCAAGAAGAGCUCGUCAGGGAAGAAGGCUGGCUGGUUCGAGAAGCUGAGAGAUCAACUUCAACGCGGGGAGGAUAUUCGCUGGUACAUUGUGGUUUGCGGCGAUGAGGUGCGCGAUUUCCCUGAAGACAUGGGUGCGGCAAGGGCGGAACAGGAGGAGUUGGAAAGGGAGGCUGACAACGCGACACCCCGGCCCCGCGACCGCAGUGCAGGCCCUUCAACAUCGAGAGGAGGGGCAUCACCCCGUGAGUACAUGUCGAGCGUACCAGCGAGUCAGUUCGCAACAGCCAUGUCGCCGCAACAGCUCUCACCAAAGGAGGCGGGUCUGCCUUACGGCACGCUUCCCCAACAUCCCAACAUGGUUGGCAAUUGGACGGAAAAGGAGACGCCAACACUACAAAGCAAACCUUCAAUGGACUUUAGGCCAAAGACACCCAAGGGUGGCGGCUUCCGAAGAUUAUUCGGGAAGAAGGGCGAUGAUCCAUAGAGCGGCGGCCUGGGAAGAAUAUUCGGGAAGA